CCGCCAUCCAUCGCCAUCCAUCGCCAUCCAUUCCUUCGGACUCUCGACAACCACAACUAACCCCCACAGGAAACCUCGACACCCCUGCUCGGCCUCCUCAUUCUUACCUGUCGCCGCCAUGGCGGCUUCCGAAGAUCUCAUCAACUUCGACAUCAUCGAAAACCAGAAGGAAAAUAUCCAGUCCCUACCCGGAGGCCGAUCGGCAAGAGAGCUGGCUCGCAUCUUCUCCCCUCGCGAUUCCACAGACGUGCUGGCGGCUCCCUCGCCCAACGACACGCGCACAGUCAACGAUGCCAUCAGACAGGAAUACAAGGCGGAGUUGCAAGCCAUCGGAGAAUCUGACGACCCCCUCGAUAUUUACGACCGAUACGUGAAAUGGACUUUGAACGCCUACCCCUCCGCCCAGGCGACAUCCGAAUCCGGCCUUCUGCCCCUACUGGAACGCGCCGUGAAGUCCUUCCUCUCUUCAGCGCAUUACAAGAACGAUCCUCGUUAUCUCCGCUUAUGGCUCCACUACAUCAGACUCUUCUCGGACUCGCCGCGAGAGACAUUCGCCUUCCUGGCGCGUCAUCGUAUCGGAGAGGGACUGGCACUCUACUACGAAGAAUUUGCGGCCUGGUUGGAAACUGCGGGUAGGUGGACGCAGGCCGACGAAGUGUACCGCCUUGGCAUCGACAAGGAAGCGCGCCCCGCCGAACGGCUCGCCCGGAAAUACAGCGAAUUCCAAUAUCGCUAUGACAACCACACACAAGACAAUGGUCCCUCGUCACCUGCGUUGCCGGCGAUUCGCCCAGCCUUGGCGGCAAAGGUCGACCCGUUUGUUUCGACCGAUGAGUCUCCCGUUCAACGCCCCGCGCCUGCAAGAGAGGCUGCUCCGAAGACGAAGUCCGGCAAACCGAAGAUGGCUAUCUUCUCCGAUGCCGACUCGCCCAGUCAGCCAGCUGUCAGUGGCCCGGCCCAAGGGUGGGAUAGCAUAGGGUCGUUGCAUGAGCGGCGGAAGGAGAACAAGGUGGAGGCGAAGCCAUGGGCGGGGGAGACGUUGAAGGCGGGGAAGAAGCCAGCGCCAGUGCAGAAGAUGGCGAUUUUCAGGGAUGAGUCAAAUUCAAAUAUACAAGCCAAAGAGGCAUUGCAAUCGAAACAUGUUCCGGAGCACCGUGUAAGAGAGGCGAUUAACCCACGUACAGGAAGGCGGGAGCGCGUGUUUGUCAACCUCGAUGCAGUAUAUCCUGACUACAAGGACCCGAACAACGAAGUCAGCUUCGAGGAACUCAGAGCCAUCAACCGUGGCUGGAUGGAUAAGGACUGGCGCGCCCAUAAGAAGCCCCUCAAGCAGAUAUCGGGGAAUGCCACUUCGGCGGACUUGCCAUCCGAGAACCCCCUCGAACAUGGCCUGGAGAACGAUUUGCCGGCACAGUUCAACCGGAAACUGACCGUUAAGGACACCGAUAAUCGCGACGCAGAGCGAGCGCAUGCGUCCCAGGAGGGCAAGAGUGGCAAAUCCCGGAAAUUGAAAGUCCGCGAAGUGAAGGGCGAGACUCAAACUAUCAAAAUGAAAUUUGACUCCCCAACUGGAGGCAGCAAGGUUCGUCGGAAAAGCACGGCUGAGCCAACAAUGACCAUGCACACCCGCGCCGCGACAGAUGAGAUCUAUAGUAUCUUUAACCAGCCACUCAAAGCCGAAACCGAAAAUGUAGCGGAGAGCAGCGACUUCGAGGACGACGACUAUACCAGCGCGGGCGAAAGCACAGGGACUGGCCGCAUCUCAGCCGCAUCUAGCGAUUUCGGGGACGAUGACACCACUUUCCACAAGUCAUUUGUUGAGGGGGAUGAGGAUGGAUUUGAGGAUAACACACGGGCUGAGAGCGUAGUAGAUGGAGAAUGGACCCAGUUUUCGGCCUGUGAAGUGCCCGGUGUGGGCUCAGGUCAUUCACUAGCAGCAGACUCCACAUACCACGGCAGGGGGGAUGAAACAGAAUAUUUCGAUGAUGACGAUGAGGAAAGGACUGAAAGGCAGCGAUUCGUCCCAGAAAUGCCCGACGACUACGUCCAGCCUUAUGGUUCUUACCGGGACCCUGCCAUUGUCGCACAGAAUCGCCUGCCCUUCAUGACGCCGAUCGUGGAGCAAACCGAGUACUCUCUUGCCUCAAUGACGGCCGCUAGGAGUCAGAUAUACAAUGCGAAGACACCGUCCAAGCCCAUGCAGAAAACGCCGCUCAUGGGCGACUUGCUGUCGAGCCCAUUGCUUGCCGCCACGCCGCAUCAUGACGAGAACUUCCCUGAUAUCCCCGAAGAUGUCGCCUUGAGCCCGACGGUGGAGAAGGUCCGCACUAGCUUUAAGUUGUCACCCCUGAAAGAGAGCGGCCAACGAGAGAUAGUCAUCAAUGAUGCGCAGUGCAACCCGACUAACAAGGUCAUUCGUAACACUAUCCUCCGGUCCUUGCAGCCCCCUCUGUCCACCUACCCUGGAUACCAUGGCCACCCCGAGAUCACCACCCAUUACGGCCCUGAAAUCCAGAGAUUCAUCAAAGCUCAUACCAAGCGCCCGAGAACCAGUGACGAGGCGUCUUUCGAUGUGCCAAUUCUCGAACUUCCCGGUGCCGAAAGAAGCUACAUCAUCCGACGCGAGCUUGGUGCAGGAGCAUACGCGCCUGUCUACUUCGCAGAAAGCAUCGAUAACCUGCCCUCCGACUCCGACUCCACAGACAGCAACAGCAGAGAUUCCCACCGUUACAAAUCGCCCCAAUACAAUACCCCUCGUUACGGAUUCGAAGCGAUCAAGUUGGAGGAAGGCCCGCCCAGCGAAUGGGAGUUCUACAUGAUCCACACCGCGAACGAACGACUGAGAAACCACCCGGAGCUCUCUCGCGCAGCUGACAGUCUCAUCCGUGCCCAUGAACUUCACGUCUACAAGGGAGAAAGUAUCCUGGUGGAAGACUACCGCGGACAGGGAACGUUGCUAGACCUCAUCAAUCUAAUCCGCAGCGAACCAAUCUCUGCCGGCGCCAACGGUGAAGGCGGACUGGACGAGGUCCUAGCCAUGUUCUUCACGGUGGAGCUAUUCCGCACCGUCGAGGCCCUGCACCAGAACGGCAUCCUGCACGGCGACAUCAAAGCCGACAACUGCCUGGUCCGCCUGGACGACAAGCCCGCCACACCCCCGUCCCUGACCGAACUCGACGAAGAAGCCACCGCAGACCCACGCGAAGUCCACUAUUCCCCCAGAGGCCUGUACGGCUGGCGCAGCAAGGGUCUCUCCCUGAUCGACUUCGGCCGCAGCAUCGACAUGCACGCCUUCCAACCCUCCGUCCAAUUCACCGCCGACUGGGCAAGCAGCAAGCACGAGUGCAACGAAGUCCGCGAGAACCGCCCCUGGACGCACCAGAUCGACCUCUACGGCCUGGCCGGCACCGUGCACAUCAUGCUGUUCGGAAAGUACCUCGAAUCCGUCCCCACCAGCGACUCCCCGGUGACCAGAACCUACCGUAUCCGCGAAUCCCUGAAACGGUACUGGGAGCGCGACAUCUGGAACGACGUCUUCGAUCUCCUUCUUAAUCCGGGACAGGAGCGGUGGGCCCACAUCGAGCGCGAGGGUAAUAAUCCCGCUGCAUUUGUGUCCGAGAACCCGCCUAUUCUUCCCGUCACGAACUCUAUGAGAUACCUUCGUGAGAGAAUGGAGGCCUGGCUUGUCGUCAAUGCGGAGAAGAAGGGUCUUGGUCUGCAGAUCCGCAAGUUGGAAGCUAUUUUUGCCGAGAGGAAGAAGAGGUUGGAGAAGUGUUGAUGCAGACAGAUACCAUGUCUCUCUCACUUCCUAGUCUCCUUUUACUCCUUGGUCUGAUCGGUCUGGUUUAAUCUUCUCCCACGAUCUUCUGCUUGUGCUUGUGCCUAUGCUUGCUUGCUUGCUUAAUAUACCCCCUUUUGCCUGAUCGCGCGUUGGCGUUGGCGUUGGCGUUGGCCUUUAGUUGAUCACCGCCCCACCCCACACACCUACCUUUUC